ACCAGUUCGAUGAAGCAUCACCUGUGCCUACUUGUUUCUCCUCAUAUAAACUCAGUCUCUCACUGCACCAAUCUUCAGCCACGUAAACCCCUCGACCAAACUACUUCCUCAACCACAAAUCUUCAACUCAGUCAGCGACCGCCAACCAACUUAAUAUGUCAACCCGUCAACCAAACACCGUAGUAUGGUGGUAUCCCCAAGAUUGGGAGCUCAAACUAAAAUGCAAUCCAAAUGUGGAGAUAUUGGCUCGGAAGACUAAUCCCAAUGAACUCGUUGUCAAAAAGAUAAUGCGGAACGACAUUGGCGAAAACACACGACCAAAGGAAAUCCAACUGCUGGACAUACUCCCAGACACAAACCGAAUCCUCAAGCCGUUCAUUUUCCUGCCAUCGUACCCUCCCAACACGGGCAAGAGUACAGCAAUCUUUCAAUACUACCCAUUGGGCGACCUCUAUUCCUGGCAAAAUGAUUUCUUCGCCAACGAUAGCAACAAGCCAGUCCCAGAACCACAUAUCCUGCGCAUGUUCGUGCAGAUGUCCGAGGCUCUUGCCUUUGUCCAUGGAGAAAUUUGGCAGGGUCGUGAUCAGAGGUCUCCGAUUGUUCAUAGGGAUGUCAAGCCUCAUAACAUCUUGGUUGUCAACAAUGGAUCCGCAUUUCCGUCGUUUCGCUUGAUUGAUUUCGGGCUUUCGCACAUAUGGACAGACGAGAAAUCUCAGGAGUCGAGCUUGAGUGGGACCCACGCGUGGCAGCCACCAGAGAACCCGUACAUCAAUACCUUCGCUUCUGAUAUCUGGGCUUUGGGCGCUGUAGUUCAAUACAUGGCCACCAGGAAGUCGCCGGCCUGGGACUUUCUAAAAUUCCGGGCCGCACACAUUACUGAGCAUGGUGGAAUUAUCCCAGAGGCGCGGCAUUACCGCGACCUAUAUACAUGUAAGUCUCUAUCAAGUGUGAUUGUAUUGUUGUGUUUCAAGGCCCCGACAUGGGGUCCUUUUGAAACUGCUGUGGUUCAUUAUAAUAUUCGAGGAUAUGUUAUAAUAAUUUUGCAAUCUUGCGAUUUCAGACUAUGCCGCAAAAGUUCCACGUAA